AUAUAUACAGAUGUAUGAUCCUCCCUAGUUACGUGUUUGUUUUUUUUCUCUCUUCAUAGGUUCAUUCUCUUUCUUUCUCGAAAACGAAAGUUUCGUUCUGAAUUCUUAUCGAUUAAGAACAGAUCAAAUUACAUCUAUAAACGAAGAUUACUUUUUUAUAAUUUUCUUCCGACAGAUCAGUUUAAUCUCGUGAAUUUGUAGAUUAAAUUCUUUUCAAAAAAACUCUGAACAAGGAAGAAAUCUUUGAUCUAAACAGAACAAUAAUGGGUUCUGAACAAAACGAUAGCACGAGCUUCACGCAAUCUUCAGAGCCAAAGCUAUGUGCAAAAGGAUGUGGUUUCUUCGGAUCACCAUCAAACAUGGGACUAUGUUCGAAAUGCUACAGAAGCAUAUGCGCAGAGGAAGCUCAAACAGCUGUUGCGAAAGCUGCUGUCGAAAAAUCUUUCAAGCCAUCUCCUCCUCGUAGUACUCUCUUCAUUGCAGAACCGGCGGUGAAAUCAUCAUCGGAGCCGGAGAAGGAAAAAGAAGCCGUUGCUGUUGCGGCGGUGGUGGCCGAGCCAUCUUCCGCAGGAGGAGAAGAAGAAGCAGCAGCUCCUGAUGAGAGCGAGCCGACAAGACCUGCACGACCGAACCGGUGUCUUUGCUGUAACAAGAAGGUUGGGAUCAUGGGGUUUAAGUGCAAAUGCGGGAGCACUUUCUGUGGCGAGCAUCGGUACCCGGAGAGUCAUGAUUGCAGCUUUGAUUUCAAAGAAGUUGGGCGUGGAGAGAUUGCUAAAGCAAAUCCUGUUGUUAAGGCAGAUAAACUUCAAAGGUUCUGAAGAUACUUUGAAGUGGUUUCUUAUUACUUGAAUUGUAUUUUGAAUCGAUUUGGGGUUUGUUGGAUGGUUUAAAAAUGGAUUGUUUCCAACGGAAAAAGAGGAUGAAAUUUGGUUCCAUAAUAAAGUGAAUCGAUUGAAGUUGUUUCUUGGUUU